GCCAUGUGACCUCAGGCAGGUUACUUCACCUGCCUGAGCCUCUGUUCCCUUCAUUUGCAGGAAGGGCUGCUGGGAAUCUCAAGAGAUACAUUGCAGUGAGUGAAUGGCUUGAUAGAGCGGAAAAAGGUGUCCUAGGGGAAGGGUGGAAAGAAAGGAUGAAUUUUGGUUCUGUUUUGUUGAAGGCCAGGGAGAAGCCACACGCGCCUGUGCACACAAACCGACACUUCUGCCCUGAUUUAUGCCGAAACCAGGCGUGGACGCACCUUGCUAUAGACCUGCUCUCCCCUUCUCGCCUUCUCCUCUUCUGGGCUUCGCGCCAACGCAUGCGAGGGGAGGGUGGGAAGGGUAGAUUGGAAAGGAGCGCUCAUUUCUCAGUCUUGGAACUGGGAAAAUUUUUAACGUGCCAGUUACGGGUGUCUCAGGACUCGCCCGCAAAGCCAGCCCUCUGCCGGAGCGCAUUUUAGCAGCAGAUGCUGGGCAGCAGCUCCGCGAGGUGAGCGCCCAGGGUUCUAGUCGGCUAAAAACACUGCCUCAGAUCCGGACCGGAAUCCCGGGAAGGCUCACCAGGAGGCGCCUCAGAGGAAAGCUCAGGGUUCCGACCUCCCGGGAACGAAACAUGAUCCCGAAGAACAAAGACGGCGCAGGGCGCUCCCGGACCCAACUCGGCAGAAUCCUGCGCUCAGCCGGGCCCCAAUGCCAGGGCUGCAGACCCGCCUACCUCGGCUCGCCGCGCUUCCAGCGCCCACGCUGAGCCACGGGGAUGCUUGGGCUCCUCUCGCACUGGUAGGAGAAACUGCCAGGACAACCGUAACCGCUCGCCUUCUCCGGAGCCUGGAAGAGAGCUAGGACCACUGCUGUAAGGUAGGACCAGAUGGCGGCGGAGAGGCAGACAGGCAGAUGGAGCAAACUGGAUGAACUAGUCGAAGAAGCAGGUUAUUAGAGUGAGCGGAAUGGGGAAUGGGAAGUUCCUCACCUGGCGACUAGAGUUUCAGGGCAGCGCGAGCGACCGGUCGACCUGGGAUGAACACCACGCCUGCUGUGGGCGCCUUCCCCGCGAAGACCCCGCUCUUAUUACAGAGAUAGCGGGAGGGGGGAUCCCCACCAGCCCACGCGGCCAAUCCAAAGUGGCCAAGACUAGCCAAUCAAAGGACCGACCGAGCUCCGAUUGCGUCAUAACUCACACUGCAGACACUGGUACUCUGGAGCGGGGGCAGUCCGCCCCGCUGUCAUUUUUUUUAUUGAGGUCAUUGCUUGGGAAGCUGGAGAGCCUGGGAGAGGACAGAGAGUUUUCAACUAACUAAGAGUCGGGGCAAGUCGAGGAGAGUUUGGCGUCACCUACAGUGAGGGGCCAGAGCUUCUCUCACCUCCUUGGCUCCUAAACUCCUGCCUCGCACUCUCUCCUGUCACGCCAGUGAGGGACCCGAGUCCAGCCACCCGAACCCCCAGCGAGGUUGAGCAGUAGUCCUGGGUUCUAAAGGGACCACAACUGAAAGAGCCCACGGCAGGGAAGGAGUGGUGGGGGAGGGAAAAGGGGAGGGAGGGGUCCUCAAAAUUUGAUCUUUCUGGACCACCUGGGGUGCUUCUCUGGAUAUCCUCCGACCCCUCGAGCCCUGGCACCAUAGGCACCCAAAGAAGGAUGUUUUGGUGCCAGUCUGGCAGGCAACCCUUCUCCACCUCACUCCUCUGGGAUGGGCAGGAGUGGAAGAGAGGUUGGGGAGAGGGCUAAACUGACAUAGCCUGCAUACAAGGCUCAGCAUCCACCUCCUCCCCCUUCCCCUGUAUCCCCACAUCCUCGACUGCGGGUCCAGCAUCCCCCACCCCAAGCCAGGACCCUCCACUGCCACACCGAAGUUGGCUUACACAGCUGCCCUGCGACUCUGCCACCUGUUUGCCAAGCUGCCUGGCGGAGAUGGUCUAUGCCCGGUUCUCUAUCUCUCUCGCUCCACACCCCUACCCCACUUCGCUGAAGCGCCUGAGAGCUGAGCGCGCUGGGGUCCAGCUGCCGCCCACGGAGGGGAGCAGGUGCUGCAGCCCAAGAGUCAGUCUAAGAAUUUCCACACAAGUUCCACUCGCGACUACAGACCAGCCGGUGCGCACAUCAUCACUCACACGGCAGGACCCCCACCACACGCUCUGCCUUCUGCAUUCACAGACAGUCCAGCAGACAGCCAGCAUUCACUGGAACAGAUGCGCCCUCACCAGCUGCUCCCAAAAGGGCUCGCGCUCAGGAACCCAAACUAACCACACUCAUACCCGAAAGCAACCCCGUGUGUUUCUGUUUCCAAAAACAGGCGUGUUUUAUGCAAACGGGGGUACAUACUGUCCCCCAAACAUGCACACCGACACAUGCACAUCCACGCACACAAACUCAGCCUACCCAUUUUUUCUUAAGGAAAGCCGGGUUCUGGGAGUCGGCACUGCCAGCUCUUCUUGCUCCCGGGUUCCAGGAGAAGAUCCCAGCUUUGGCAGAAUAGGCUAGGAAGGAGCGGGGGUUAGGGGCGGUAGCAAGAAAGAAAGGGGCGCCUCUCACCACAGCCCCCAGCCCCGGGCCUCAGGUUCGCUCUUUGCCGCUUGGCAGCAGCGACCCUAAAUAAGUACGUGGGCGCCCACUGCACUCCUGGAGAGCAGUCGGGAAAACUUACUGGAGGCUGCCGGGCAGGAAGCAAAGCCAGAGGCUGGCGGAACCCCUGCAGGUGAUGCUCACUGUUUCUGCGGGUCAGAAAGAAGUUCAGGGGAUAUCUGUCUAGGCCCUCUGGGUCCUUUUCGUGUGGCAGGACCCAGCUGGUGGGACUAGAGUGGGUUGGCCUCCAGCACCCGUGCAAUGGAAACUCCAGGUAACACCCAUGAAGAAUCGGGACCACUGACUCCGGUGACUGCUGCCCGGCCUACAACUCAGGUGCGCAGAGUGCACUGAGGCAGGGUGACCUGCAGUCGCCCCCUCCCCUGGGAAGGCAGCCAGAACUGUUCUAGAAGUAGCUCCGGCCUGUGGCAGACUCGAAGUAAGGCAGGAGGACUUCCAGGACCUUUGUAGUACCACACCAGGAACUGCAGCUGUCUAAGGAGUAUUUCUAUGUAUGCAAAGGUUCUCUACAUCUAGACCGUUGGAUGCACUUUUGUGUUUUUGGUUCUGCUUUGUUUUUUAAUUUUUAAUUUGUGUGGGUUCAUACUAGAUGUAUAUAUUUAUAGGGUUCAUGAGAUGUUUUGAUACAGGCAUACAAUGUAGUAAUCACAUCAUGGAGAAUGGGGUAUUUGUCCCCUCAAGCAUGUAUCCUUUGUGUUACAAACAAUCCAAUUACACUGUUUUG